GCACCAAGCACCCACCCAAGGGGCGUUCGCACCGUGAAUCUGUGAUUUUUUUUCUGGCGCUUCCCCAACCCAAAACAAUCCACCCAAGCGCCCUCGCUCUGUUGUCGACGCCGUUCGUGCGCGUCUAGGACAGCGACACUGCUGUUUCCACUGCCCGCUCCAUCGACCUCUUUGUUGAUAGGACACGAGGUGACUUUUUGGCUUGUUUUUCUUUCUUUUCCACCGGUCCAUCGGGCCCUCUCGGUUCGCGAGCGUGGCUGCCUGCCUCGACGCACCUGGCUGGCUCGCAUUUUUCGCGCCAAACCCGCACCUCAACCAGCGACGACAUCCCAUUCCGCUGCACGGCCAUCAUCGCGAUUGUCCAAUGUCGACGACGCGACAACUACCCUAAUUAAACUUCCAACUUUCCUUUCUUUGAAUCUCACACGCGACCGCGACCCGUCGCCAUGGCUACGCCUGACAAGAGGCAGUCCGGCUGGUGGGGAAGCAUCUCGGGGGGGAUCUUUUCUUCUGCGGUUAAGAUGCGCAGCGAGCCAGAGCCUCAACCUGAGAGGCUCUCUAUCCCAGCGCAUCGUCUGCCUGCCCUCGAGAACGGAAUGCAUCGCGAUACGCCGCGACCGCGUGUCAAGUUCCAGCAGGAGCGUUCAACAUCCCCCGACAGCCCCGUCGUGCGUGCCUCAACUACGCAGAUGGCCGGUCGCAAGAUCCACGAGCGCCCCCAGGGCCCUUCGAGCAAGCUGUCUACCAGCACAGUCAAGGCGACCAACUUCUCCGUGGCCGCCGCCUCGCCACGCCCCAUGUUCCGAGCCUCGAUCGCCCCCGAUGGCGGUCGCUUCGCAUUCGCUCCCCGCCGAGGCACACCCAAGCCUUUUAAGGAGUCGCUGCGGCCCUCAGCCGGGACACCGAGUGUCGAUGGCCGCGCCUCUACGUCGGAGAGCAUUGGUCGCGGCAUGUCCAGGAUACCACCAAGCGAGCUGUUCGCGAUGAAGAUCCCCGAGCCUCCUACUAACCUCUCUGGAGAGGAGCUGGCGAGAAGGGUUCCGAAAAACUCAAACCGAGUGGGCUCUAUCUACGCGGACGAGUACCUGGCGGAUUUGUGCCCCAAGGACUUCACAGAGGCACAGAGAAAGCAGUUCUUCUGCAUUCUUGACCUGCGGAGGCUCAAAUACGCGUCUGACGAGAUUUAUCUCAAGAAGGACUGGAGAUUCAACAUCCUCAACUUCGCAAAGGAGUACGAGAAGAGCCGCAGCUUGAUCAUGCUGCGCUACGGCCUAUACGAGUUCAAGAGCAUCAAGCCCUCUCAGGAGGUCGUGUCGAAGUGGAAGGCCGAUCAUGGCAUUCCCGACGACGAGUCCGAUGGCGCACCUGCGCCGGGCAACGAGCCCCAUGCGAACGGCACCGAAGGCAUUCUAUCGCGCGGAGGUGGGAAGCGGAAGGCCUCGGAAGAGCCGGGCAAGAGCAGCAUGAACUUUGCCGCUUCACAGGGAAAGCGCGCUCGUGGUGAGCGCGAGCCGCUGAUGGAGAGCGCCACACCUGCUCUUAACAAGGGCAACAAGAAGCGCCUGGCUGAUGAUCAUGGCGACGCUGCCCCCUCGAAGCUACAAAAGGCUGCCGCCCCAUCCCCUGCGAAGGCGCCGUCAGCUACCAAGAAGUUCUUCGAGCAGGUUGCUAACAGCAAGCCUGCCGGUUCGUUCCAAAUGUCGGUGGAGCCGCCAUCCACCUCGAAGCCCAAGUCCAGCGCCUUUACCACAGCAUCUGCCACAAGGUCCAUCUUUGAGAACUCUGCCAAGUCUCCCGCCUCAAAACUUUCGGCUCCGAAGCCCAACAUCUUCGGGCACCUGUCGGAUACGGGCUCUGCUCAAGCUAGCGGCGCCGAGAACGAUGCCGGCGAUGAAGGCGAUUCGGGAGACGAGUCUGAGGCGCCCGAUGCCAGCCAGAGCGAUGAGCCGAGCGCUGCCGCCAGUGGAGGCGUUGCUACACCACAACCGGCUGGCCCUCUGUUUGGUGCCAAGAAGUCUGGGGCGGCUGCUGCUUUCCCUUCUUCAAGCGAAUCUUCCGACGCUGGGGGCGCCUCUGCCACUGGCACAAGCAUCUUUGAUCGCAUCACGAAAGGCGAGGACGGGAAGCCCAAGCGACUUCUCGACUCCGCCGUACCGACACCAGCCGCUUCAGAGAACGAGAGGCCCGUGAGUCCCAUCAAGGACCAGCGUCCUCUUGGCGGAGACCAGACCUGGACUGCCGGCACGCCCAUCAAGUUCGGCACUGCGCAACCCGCCGCCGUGGACUCUACUCCCGCUGGCACGAAGCUGUUUAGCUUUGGCGUGAAGCCCUCGGCUGACGAGACGGCAACCAGCGCCCCCAAAUUUGGACAGGCUCCGGCGUCUGCGGCGCCGAGUCUGUUUGGCUCGCAGCUUAAUGGCUCAGCCACUUCCCUGUUCGGCAAGCCUGCUGCAACCGCUGGUCUGGGUGAGAAGAAGGCGGAUGCUGCUCCGGCCUUCCAGCUCUCGGGCAUGUUUGGCGGCUCUUCUACCGACCUUUCCAGUUUCAAGGAGUCUUCCAGCACGGAACUUGCAGUCGCAAAGCCCGAAUCGGAUGUCAAGGCUGUUGCUGAUAAGUCGGCAACCCCUGCCCACCCCAUGUUCGGAGCCGUGCCUGGCCAGACACCCACGCCUACGUUCGGCCUUAACUCCAACUCGAUGACCAAGCCUUUGUUUGACUCGACCUCCAAGCCCUUGUUUGGCGCAGAUCCCAACGCACCCUCCGAUUCGAAGCCAUCCUUCACCGCCGCUCCUAAGCCCCUAUUCGGUGCCGCAAAGCCCGACGACGCGCCCAAGUCCCUCUUUGGCGCCGCACCAAAGGCUGACGAGCCUUCGCAGCCCAAAACCCUUUUCGGUGCCUCCAAGCCUGCUGAGGCACCUAAGUCCCUGUUUGGCGCCGCACCCAAAGCCGACGAGACGCCCAAGUCACUCUUCGGUGCUACACCCAAAACCGAUGAGGCCCCUAAGUCGUUGCUUUUUGGUGCUACACCAGCGGCUCAGUCUCUGUUCAGCUCGGGCCCCAGCCAGGAAUCCUCGACCCCAACAUUUGGCCUGGGUGCUGCCAAGGACCCUCCGAAGUCGUCGUUGCUCUUCGGAUCUGGAUCUCAACCCACUGAGUCUAAGUCACUAUUUGGUUCGGCACCCGCUGCUGCGAAUGCCGCACCAACCUUUAGCUUCGGAUCUGGCGCUGCCAACCCCACCACUGCCGCGAAGCCCCUAUUUGGCGCCGGAGCCCAAGUCGCAACAGGCAGCUCUACCCUGUUCGGUAGCUCCACGCCUGCUUCAGGCGGAGUCAAGGACUCUGCCGCGCCGGCUACGAAGCCUCUUUUUGGUGCCUCUACCACUGGUGCCACCCCUCAGGCCACACCCUCUUUCUCGUUUGGCAGCACGGCGGCCACGACCGAGACUCCCAGGACGCAGUCCACCCUGUUUGGCUCUUCUGCCGCCGCCCCAGCGCCGACCCCGUCAUUCUCGUUCGGGUCUACGCAGAACGGAACCGCCACGCCGACUAUCAGCUUUGGCGCGGGUACCACACAGAACGGGACCUCCACCCCCUCUUUCACCUUUGGCGCAAACCAGAGCACCCAGCCCGCCGAACAGAACGGCUCUGUUCUCUUUGGAUCAGGCACUGUUUCGGCCCCGGGCUCGUUUGCUUUCGGUGGCAGUGGCGAUAACUCGUUCAAGAACCCAUUUGCCGGCGGCAGCGACGGCGGCGCUUCUGUGUCGUUCAACUUUGGCGGAACUCCCAGCCAGCCGGCCGCCGGUAACGGGUCUGGCGGCAUGUUCAGCUUCGGUGGCGGCUCCACCGCGCCCUCAAACGGCACCUCAACCCCUGUCUUCAGCUUCGGUGGCGGUGUAGCUCCUGACCAGGGCAAUGCCGCCGCCCCCAUAUUCAACCUCGCUCCUCCAAUGGGCGGCACCUCGACAGGUACUAAUACCCCCUUUACUCUUGGAGGAGCUUCGAGUCUGGCCACCACUCCGGCGCAAGGCACCCCGGAGCCAGCGGCUGCGGACCGGAGCGAGCAGGAAGGACAGAAGGCUGACGACGGGGAUGAGGAGAAACAGGCGCAAAUCAACUUAACAGAAGGAGGACCGGGCGAGGAGGACGAGCACGUCGUUUUUGAGGUGCGCGGAAAGGCACUCAAGCUCUCCAAUGGCGACGACUCGGACGACGAGAAGGGCGGCAAGAAGAAGGACAAGUCCCCGUGGAAGACUAUGGGUGUGGGCCCAGUGAGGCUUCUCAAACACAAGACCACGGGGGUCGUCCGGAUUCUGCUGCGUGGAGAGCCCAGGGGCAACAUCGUGAUGAAUAAGGUGCUGCUUCCCGACUUCUCAUACAAGACGGAGAAGGGUGACAAGUACGUCAAGGUGCCAGCAGCGUCUGACAGCGGCACCGGGCUCGAGACUUGGAUGCUCCAGGUCAAAGACGCGGCCAAGGGUAAGGCCCUUGCGGCUGCGCUCGAGCAACACAAGGUGAAGGGCGAGGACGAGAAGUGAUGAGAGAUGUUGAUCUCACCGCCAGCUUCUAGCGUCAAGAUAUUGUCCAAGCCACCUUGUGGGAAAACAGGAGCAGAAAAGAAGAAAAAGAAAAUAAGCGCCAUGUCGAGUUCACCUUCCCAAGGGGGAUGAUUAUUCUUGUUUAUAAUAGCAGUGUCGAGGCUUGUUUUGUUUUCAGCAGCCGGUUCGUUUCUCCUACACAACCCCCUCCGUUAUCCUAUCCCCUACCCCUCAGCAUCAGAUUCCCCCUAGGUAUUCACCCGCACACAAGCACCCAGCAUUAGACAUGGUUUCCAUUAUGUUUUUAGUCGCACUCUCCCCCUUACCCUUUUUUUAUUAUUAUAGCACAGCAUGGCGGGUUCUGUUCUGGGUUGGCAACUCUUUUUUCUCUUCUCUCUUUGCCUUCUUCUUUUCAUAAUAUGUCGUGGGCUUUUGCUUCGGUUUAUCGCACCACGCAUCAUGCGGGAUGGCUCGAUGGAGAAGGAAGAGAAGGAUGGAUAAAAAGAGCAGCGAGGCUCCAGAUGGACACGUAACAGGCGUCCCCCCGAAUAACAAAGAUGGUUUAUCGGUAGCUUCUAGCUUGUAUGGCAUUGCUUCUUUAACUUUCUCGCCCUUCAGCAGGACGGCGGACUGGAGUUUGUGGGCUGUGAGAAGUAUCGAUCUCGGGGUUGUUUGCGUUGAUUUGGUUGAAUUUUGGAGCCUGUCUGUGGAAGGAAACUUGAUACAGGAAUGUCACGGUUUUGCCAGCUCCUAAAUGGUUUGACGGCGUGGGUUGUCGCGAUAGGCGCUCGGUGGUAGCAGUAGAUCAUAUCACUUGGUAGGUAAAGCAACGACAGUGACAGUGUGUGAGCUGUCUUGAUCGAACUAG